CCGCUGCUUCCGUCCGUUACGCCGUUCCCUCGGCAUUCGCCAUGGCUCGCGGCGUGCUGGUGGUUUUGGUCCUUGCGCCAGCACUUUGCUUUUGCGGCGGCUUGGGGCGCAGCGUCGGCUGCCAGCCACGGCCCCGCCACCUGAGGGCGGAGGAUGGAAAGGGUUUCUUCGACGAGGAGGCGCCGGACUGGCGUGCCGGCAUCGCGGGGCGCCGGGGAUCCCUCACGUUCCUGGGGGCCCUGUUUCUGGUGAUCUGCUACAUCUUCACCAAGGACGAGGAGGUGAGGAACUUGAAGCUCUGCGUGCGCAGCAAGCAGUUCGAGAAGGAGUUCUUCGAGGACCCAAAGAAGGCGGAGUGGGCAAAGCAGAAAGGCUACAAGGCGCUGCAGGAUCCCGAUUGCGUGGAGUGGCAGGAUGCCUGGGAGAAAGUGAAGCCAUUUUAGGUCAGGCAGAUGCGCUUGCGCCGGGGCGUAUUGGGUG